AUGACUUCAAGCUCUCGAUCCAAUGCGAAUGAACGCCCUCAUACGCGGGUUCUGAUGGCUUGUACCCAUUGCAGAACUCGUAAGAUUAAGUGUGAAAUUGACCCUCAUGGGACUUCUCGCCCCUGCAAAAAUUGCAGGCAGAAGGGACGUGAAUGUAUAUACACGCCUAUCAGUUCAUCCCCUGCAAACGAUCCGGACGAAAAUAUCAUCAUUCUCCAUGAUCCAUAUGCUCACGCUUCCAGUGCUCUACCAAGACACGUCCCAACCGGUCACUUGGAUCCCCAUCAUCCCCAAUCGAUUCCUGAGCAGAACGCUUCCUCAGGAGGACAUUUAUCGGACUCCUCUGUUCAUGGAAUGUGGUCCCAGUCAAUGAGCACGGGACGAUACCAACCGGACAAUGGGGGUUAUUCUGGUCACGCCAACUGGAACUACUCCCCACCGGGAGGACAUGGUCCGACGACGUACAACAGUGACUCCUGCCACCACGCUGGGAACGGUUAUUAUCCGUCUCAAAACCAGAUGAACGGUCAUAAUCAAAAUCAAUUUCAGCCAUAUGUUCCUCAGAGCUCAACGUCAUCCCGGACGGGAUCCAUGGGGCAACCUCCUAUGUCUUGGUCAGUUAGAACCCCGGAAAACAUCUGUAACAUCUACGGCUGCACCUGCGGAAAUCAUCAUCCCAGGACCUGA